AUGGCGGUAGUGGCCCUCCUCUUCGGUGAUGGCGGCACGACACUGCUUGCCGUAACUUGGACGUGGACUACGAUAGCCACCAUUCUCUUCGUCUUGAGGACGUGGUACGCAUCACGAGAGCCAUCGAAGGAACAUGCCUCUUUUUUCGGCAUACGAUGGGACUAUGCAGCAGUGACAAUAGCCUAUGCUGCUGCGCUCGCUUCGGAGAUCACUACGACCGUUGGCUAUCGGAUGGCAUACUGGACCAAGCCAUUGUUAGAAAGCUUGAAGGAGGUCGUACCAACUAUCGUGCUUUCCAAUGUCGUGGCGUACGUCAGUAUGAUCUUUGGACGUUUCGCUAUUAUAGCGCUCUUGCUGUCCUUGCAGGGAACAGCUUACCGCCAAUGGCGAAUAUCGCUGUGGAUAGUCGGCGGUGCCCAGGCUAUGGUCCUAUUCUCGCAUAUUAUCAUCACCAUCUGCCAAUGCAAUCCUCCCCGGAAGCUCUGGGACCUAGAAGUUCCAGGAAACUGCCAUUUGCAAGUCUUCAGUCAGAAGUACGGUUAUGCUUCCGGUUCUGUAGGCGCAUUUGCCGACUUCUAUCUGGCCAUAUAUCCUGCCAUCUUCAUCAUUGGCCCAUUACUGAAGCUCCCUCCUUCACUCAGGGUCGGAGUCUGCAUCAUUCUUGGUGGAGGUCUGGUUGCCGGAAUCGCAGGCAUUGUGAAGAUGACAUGUAUCAACGAUGUCAAGCAACUGCAGAAAGACUAUGCAAGAUUCGUGAUGUGGCAAUUAACGGAAGCCUGGUUCAUCGUCAUCUUCGGAACUAUACCCACAGUGAAACCCUUCUUCUUGGCCAUGGGCAGAGGUCUCAAAUCUAUCGGCACUCGGCUCAUAAGCACAGGUGGGAAUUACAAGUCUUCCAAGCAACAUACACAGAGCGUGGCGAGUGGUACUGGCACUUCUGGAUCCAAGAUGGCACACAAGCCCACUCUUCCCAGGAGUACGAGUGAGGUGGCGUUGACUGAUCUUUCGGUGAUGGGGAAAAUGGAAAGAGAUUCUUUGGAUGAUGAACGUAAUGGGCAAUGGCAUGAUGCGGAAAAUGGCCAUGCGAGCCAGAGAAGGUGGUGAACUUAGACCAAAUACCCAUGAUGAUGCUAAUGUAUAUGACUCCGGCGCGGCUUGUGCGAUGCUGAGCUGGAUAAUGAGGAGUGAACGAUUCAUGAGGAUUAGAGAAGCAUGGCUUCGUUCGCGCUGGACUUUUACGCUGAAAAGACCAAAAUCUGCUGGUAAGCUAUGCGUGGUGAAUACAUCGAGUACUGAAUCAACACAGAAGUUUGCAAGUACACAGACCACAAGUUCCCAAAUGACGCAUAAGCUCAAGAACUGGUGGUCAAUGCUUUCUGCAUAUGCUCGCGCAAUUGAAGCGAGGUUAGAUUAACUUCAAACUCGAAGUCCAAGCUUCUCUUAAACACAUUCGAGCCG